AAAAAAAAAAAAUACAAUGGCGAAGCAAACUCUGAACUAAAAUUCUGUUGUUGACAUCUGGUCGCUUUGUAAAUUUCAUUUUGAACACACUCUUGUGAUAUCUAGUUGUGAUUUAAUUCCAAAAAUAUUAAAACGAAAAAAAUAAAAUUAAAAAAAAACUAAAUAGUAAACUAUUUAGAAAUUGUAUGGAUUGUGCUAUCAAAUAGUUGGGAGAGGAAGCAGCGCGAGUGUUCAAAUCGUCUGAGUGUCCGAGUCGAGUUGCGGAUAAAUAUACACAACAACAAGGAGAACAAGAACAAUUGUCAAAGAUCAUCAGGAUACUGAAUAGUAGACAGUCAGACAGAGAGAGAGAGAGAUAGAGACUCUGGCCAGUGUUGGCAAGUAUUUGCAUAAUAAAGCAAGCGAAUAAUGGAUAUGAUUAAUAUUGGCCAGAACGUUAAGAUCAAACGCACCGAUGGACGGAUCCAUGGUGCUGUUGUAUCCAAACUGAAUCCAUCCGCAUUGUGCAUCACUGUCGAGUGGUAUGAACGUGGCGAGACCAAAGGCAAGGAGGUCGAACUGGAGGCGAUACUCUCGCUAAAUCCCGAUCUAGCGCCCAACAAUGAUCAACAGCAGCAGCCACCGUUGCACAAUGCUGCUGCAACAGGCGAGUCCAAAAAAGUGUCAGCAACAGCGCCCAUGAAUCUAUCACGCAAUCCCACACAAUCGGCCAUCGGUGGUGGGGGAGGAGGUGCCGGCUCCGGCAGCAUAUCGGCACGCAUGACCCUGACCAGCAUACAAUGGAAUAAAAUCAGUGAGCAGCAGCAGCCACAACAGCAGCCACCGUUGGGCAACAGUCAGAGUGUUGGCAACAUGACCACCAACAACACCAACAGCACCAGCAAUAGCAACAAUUGUCAGCCAACUGGCGGAUCGGGCAUGGUUCGUCCACGUUAUACGAUCAACUCGCAGACGAAUAGCAAUGCACAGCAGACGCGCAUUGCAUCCGCAGUGCCCAGCAACAGUUCGACAGGAACGACAGCAUCAUCAGCAACGGCAGCAGCAUCGGCAUCAUCAUCAUCGGUAGCAACAAUGGCUGCAGCAGCAGCAACAGCAGCAGCAGCAGCGGCUGCCGCAGCCAGCACAAAUAAUUCAAAUAAUUCACAAGCAGCAGCCGCAGCCGGGGCACGUCGUUCCCAUGCAUUGAAGGAGGUGGAACGUCUCAAGGAGAAUCGCGAGAAGCGACGUGCCCGCCAGGCCGAGAUCAAGGAGGAGAAGGUGGCACUCAUGAAUCAGGAUCCCGGCAAUCCCAACUGGGAGACGGCGCAAAUGAUACGUGAAUAUCAGAAUACGCUUGAGUUUGUGCCGCUGCUCGAUGGCCAGGUCGUCGAUGAUCAUCAGAUUGCUGUGUGUGUGCGCAAGCGUCCGCUUAGCCGCAAGGAGAUCAAUCGCAAGGAGAUCGAUGUCAUUUCAGUGCCGCGCAAGAAUAUGCUCAUGGUCCAUGAGCCGCGCAACAAAGUCGAUCUAACCAAAUUCCUCGAGAAUCACAAAUUUCGCUUCGAUUAUGCAUUCAACGAUACAUGCGACAAUGCAAUGGUUUACAAGUACACCGCUAAGCCACUGGUGAAGACCAUCUUUGAGGGCGGGAUGGCCACGUGCUUUGCCUACGGACAGACGGGGUCGGGCAAGACGCACACAAUGGGCGGUGAGUUUAACGGUAAGGUGCAGGACUGCAAGAACGGCAUCUAUGCGAUGGCAGCCAAGGAUGUAUUUGUGCUACUUAAUGGGCCACGAUAUCGCUCCCUAAACCUGGUCGUCUCGGCCAGUUUCUUUGAGAUUUACAGCGGCAAGGUCUUUGAUUUGCUGUCCGAUAAGCAAAAGCUGCGCGUCCUCGAGGAUGGCAAGCAACAGGUGCAGGUCGUUGGCCUCACCGAGCGCGUUGUCGAUGGCGUUGAGGAGGUCCUCAAGCUCAUCCAGCACGGCAAUGCGGCGCGUACCUCUGGCCAAACAUCGGCCAAUUCGAAUUCAUCGCGUUCGCAUGCCGUAUUUCAAAUUGUAUUGCGCCCGAUGGGCAGCAGCAAAAUUCAUGGAAAAUUCUCAUUUAUUGAUUUGGCUGGCAAUGAGCGGGGCGUGGACACAUCAUCGGCGGAUAGACAGACACGCAUGGAGGGUGCUGAGAUCAAUAAAUCACUGUUGGCCUUAAAGGAGUGCAUUCGUGCAUUGGGCAAACAAUCGGCACAUUUACCAUUCCGUGUCUCCAAAUUGACGCAGGUGCUGCGCGAUUCGUUUAUUGGUGAGAAGAGUAAGACUUGCAUGAUUGCGAUGAUCUCGCCGGGAUUGAGCAGUGUGGAGCAUACAUUGAAUACGCUACGCUAUGCGGAUCGUGUCAAGGAGCUGGUCGUCAAGGAUGUGCAGGAGAUUGGCCAUGGCGAUGGCGAGCCCAUCGAGAUCAUGGACGAUGGCGAGGAGGAGGAACAGCAACUGACUGAACAGGGAGUUGGCGGCAUUUCAUCCGCCCAUCAUCAUCACCAGCAUCAUCAUCAAUCGCUGCAGCGCGGCCACAACAACAAUAACAACAACAAUAAGAACGGCAAUGCAGCCAACAUGGACUUGGCCAUGUUAAGUUCGCUGAGCGAACAUGAUAUGUCGGACGAGCUAAUUGUGCAACAUCAGGCAAUCGAUGAUCUGCAACAGACCGAGGAGAUGGUCGUCGAAUAUCAUCGCAGUGUGAACGCAACUCUCGAGAAUUUCUUGGCCGAAUCGAAGGCGCUGUAUAAAUUAACCAAUUAUGUCGAUUACGAUCAGGAUGCGUAUUGUAAGCGGGGCGAGACAAUGUUCUCGACACUGCUCGAAAUAUCCAUACAGUGUCGCGAUAUGAUGGCCGAAUAUCGGGCCAAAUUGGCCAAGGAGGAGAUGCUGUCCUGCAAUUUCAAGCCCACUAACAAUAAACGUUAAAAACGUGGCAACAGCUACACUAUGUCAGUUUA